AUGAAGCUGCAACUGGAAAACAGCGAGAUCAGCCUGUUUGAGGGGCCCUUUGACGCUGAGCGGAUCUUCCGGGAGAAGCUGUACGAGCUCGAUGGGGGCCAGGAUGAGGCGCUCUUCGUGUGCAAUCUCACCGAUGUGGCGCACAAGUUUGUCAAUUGGUGCACAAAGAUGCCCCGCGUGCGCCCCUUCUACGCCGUCAAGUGCAACGACGACGACAACGUCAUCCGGCUGCUGGCGCGUCUCGGUGCGGGCUUCGAUUGUGCCUCACGCGCCGAAAUUAAUGCCGUCCUCAAGCAUGGCGUCACCCCCGACAGGAUUAUCUUUGCCAAUCCGGCGAAACCCGCGUCGCACAUUCGCCACGCCGCUGCCACCAAUACGCGCCUCAUGACAUUCGAUUCCACCGUUGAGCUCGAGAAGAUUCGCCAAAUUUACCCCGAUGCACAAAAAUCAUUUAGAGACUCUUUCUCAUCGUCCAGACUUGUCCUUCGUAUUCGUUAUGACGCCAAGAAGGCUCUAUGUAAGCUCGGUGAGAAAUUCGGAUGUGAUCCAAAAGUAGAAGCUCCACGAUUACUCCUUCAUGCGAAGAAUUUGGGUUUAUCCGUGGUGGGAGUGAGCUUCCACGUGGGUAGUACCUGCAUGGAUCCUCCUGCCUAUGGGAAGGCUAUUGCAGCAGCUCGAGAUGUCUUCAACUACGCAGACACAAUUGGCACUCAAAUGACUCUUCUGGACAUUGGUGGGGGUUUUCCGGGAAAUUCAGGAACAGAUUUUGGGGUAUUUGCAGACAUUGUCAAUGUUGCCCUUGAGGAAUACUUUCCAGACCCGAGCAUCAGAGUGAUUGCCGAGCCUGGGGCGUACUUUGUGGCAUCAGCUUGUACCAUUGGUGUGACGGUGCACUCAAAGACGGAAAUUCUGGAUGAAGAUGGAACUAUUCAGCAGGUAAAGUACUACAUAAAUGAUGGGAUCUACGGAUGCUUCUGUGAUGUAGCUUAUGGACGUGAUGUCGGCAUUCCCAAGAUUCUAUCGCAAAGACAAACUUCUACAGAAGAUUCAGAAAUUCCUGAAAAUCUUCUCAAGUGUUCAAUUUGGGGUGAAUCAUGUGAUGGAAUCGACAAAAUCUGCAAUAAUCUGCUACUGCCGAAUAUUAAUCUCGGUGAUAUCCUUCUCUUCCCCAACAUGGGGGCUUACUCCAUUGUCUUAGCGUGCAACUUCAAUGGCUUCCCCAUUGCGAAUGUCCUGCAUUAUGCUGAUCAUGAGACACUGAAGAUUCUCAAUGGAUGAGAAAUAUAUACAUGGAAAAGCAUAAAAAUGUACAUAAAUCUAGACAUUAAAAACUAAAAGUAAUUAACUCAGAUUUUUCCUGAAUUGUUUUAUUAAUUUUUAGUGAAUGUAACAAGAAAUGGUAGAAUAAUGUGAAUUCUAAACCUAAAAAAAUAUAUUAAAAUUGAAAUAAAAAGAUUUUAUGCUAUAUAUUUCUACACUCAAUGUUAACGAAUGAAAAGGAGGGUAUUCACAAGUAUAUGGGUGUUGCCCUAGGUCGAGAAAAUAAUUUGAAACCACACGAUCAUUAAGAGAACCAUAAAAAAUUGUUGUAGAGUUAUUUCUUCACCGCUUUCUUAAUUUCUUUUGUUCAAAUUGUUAUUCAAUUGAACCUGAAGAAGGCCGAAAAGGUGGCCGAAACGUUGUUCAUGUGAUAAAUAAAAGCACCUGAAAACUCAAAGACUGCUUCCGAAUUUUCUUAACAUAUGAAUAAUAAACUAUAAAGAAAAACUUAGGGGAACCUGUGGUAAAAUGGAGAAUUUUUCGGAAAUAUCUUAUAGGAAAUUUUCCGGACUUCAACU